AUGCCAAGUCUCUCUCAUCUCUUGUCAGGCUUGUUUGUAGCCACUCUCGCAUUAGCCGGCCCUGUUGCUUUUCCUGAACAGGGAGGUGUCCUUUCUACGAGACAGAGUUCUAAUGAUGCAUUUGACGACACCGUGUCCGAACUCAAUGCCAGAGGCUCCAAGAAGCCGUUCUACGCGAUUGCUCAUCGGUGCAACGACAUUGGCGCUAUUCAGCGCGCUGUAAACGACGGUGCUAAUGCCAUCGAGAUGGACUUGUUUUCCGAAGGCCAGGAUGGUUGGUGGGCCUCGCAUGACGGACCAAGCAAAAAUGGCAACAGAGCCAAGGCUAUGUUUGAUACAAUUGCUGGCCAUCGCAAAGCCGGUAAGCCUAUCACAUUUGUGUGGCUUGAUUUGAAAAACCCGGAUGCUUGUGACCCUGCGAAACCGGCAGAAUGGGGGUGUUCGAUCGCUGCGCUUAGGGACAUGGCGAGACAGGUCUUGGAGCCUCAAAGUGUACGAGUGCUCUAUGGCUUCUAUGAAAACGAGCACGGCAACGCAUACCGCCUUUUGCGCUCUGGCCUCACUGGCAACGAGGCCCUGAACGUCGAUGGCAGAGCAGCACCUCUGCAGCAAUUCUUCAACGCAAAUGGGCCAUCUAGCAUUCAGAAGCGUGUGGCUUCAUAUGGCUGGAUGAGGCUCGGCGAAGGAUUCGGCGAUUGUACGGAGCCGGGUGAUGCUCAUCUGACAUGUACUCAGCUGCGUCAGGAGGUCGCCAGCGGUAAAUUUGGCAAGGUUUUCAGUUGGACAGCUGUCGUGGAUCAAGUGCAGUUGGUUCAAAAGCUGAUGGGCGCGGGUAUCGACGGUAUUAUUUAUGGCUUGGAUGGGUACCCUUACGGCGGUAGCGCGACUCAAACUCUUGCGCAGAUUCGUAGCUCCCUCGCGCAGAACGGCGGAUACAAAUAUGCAGAUAUUAACGAUAACCCAUGGUAA